AUGGCUAAAAGAAAACGAGCCUGCCUAGGCGUGCGCCCAACCGACACACACACAAGAUUUGUGGUCCGAAACGUGGCCUAUCUGCUCUCAAUGUGUCCAUCAGAAGAUCUGCCACCUCACCUUGCUCGUAUCAGAGACACACCUUACGACUAUGCUGCCCCGCUACUGGAAUGGAAGGAUGUGCAUGUUUUUUUGAGCUCUCAAGACGGCGUGACAGACGAAUUAGUAGGCAUGGUUAAGAAAUGUCACGAGAUACUCUCUGAUGCCAACGAGUCUCUCUUCAUUCCUCAUGUUUACAACGGCAACGGUCUUGACUCCGAAGGAGGACUAGGUCCUUACCACAUGUGGCUUGGACGCCGCCAUUUGACGUUGGAGGACUACGGAAUGGCGCUGGAGAACGAUCAGUACAGCUUUGGAGAAGGGUAUCCGAACUUCAGCAGCCUCGAGCUCAUUCAGAAGAAUCACACUGGGCAGUUCCCUGAGGAGGAGAUUGGCUACAAUUGCAUGAACCUGUGGUACUUGCGCCUCCUGGACAACCCUCUCUCUCCUUUAUUUCUUCAUGUGAAGGCUCUGCUGAGAUAUGACGAGUUCCCUGAUAAUUGGUGGCACGUGAACUUCCAAGACCGCAAAUCGGCUAUCAAGAACGACAAGGCUGCCGCACUAGUACGGAGAAUGAUUUCGGCAACCGAACUGGCCAACGGACUUGUCACUCUCACCGAGCUACGAAGUGGUUACUUCUUCGGUGUUAAGACCCCUCCUGACCUUUUGCCUGAUGAUCAUCCUGUCUACCAGGGACAGUUUGACGACUUUGUGCUUGGCCAUCGUCACUUGACACGCCGUCAUCGCCAGGAAUACAUGAAAAGUUGGGGUCAAUACAUCUCUCCUCGAUUACAGAAGCUGUUAGGAUUCAAGGCGAGAGAAGGAAAACCACUGAGAGACACGAGAGGUGUCAAGCAUGCCCAGAAACAGCUGUUCGGAAAGGGGUCUAUUAGAGAGAACAUAGCCAGGCGUGAGCUAUCCGGAAGUAAUCAGCACAAUCGUCUGUUUAAAGCCUCUUUCCUGCCAAAUCCCAUUGGUAAGGUAAUCCAGAGUGAAGAAUCUCGAACAUACUGCGGUGCUUACUCAUCGGAUGGUUCUCGGUAUCUCACAAUAAAUCAAGACUCGGUAGCCACUUUGUAUCACGUUGAUACGGACGGCGUCCCCUCUUAUCUCUCGGCAACCAUUCCUCUUCAUUCAAACUCUUGGACCAUCACUGACUGUGCAUUUGCCAAUACAUGCAACAAAUGGGCUGCAGUAGCAUUUGAUGGCUGUUUGUACAUUUCAGGAGAUAUGGAUGAAGAUGAGGAAGACUGCGACUUUGAGGAAGUGAACACUUAUGGCCACGCAGCCGCAUUUUCGGUUAAGUGGAGUUCUGACGAUCGACUUAUGUUACUUGGAAGGUCCGCACGGCUUGGAUAUACCGUCAUUGAUUCAGAAACUGGAAAAUACAUGUAUCGAAGAAAGAGUUUAUCCGACAUGAAUGAAGCCACUUGGGCAACAGGGUCCGAUAACGUGUUUUUUGGAGCAAUGGACAGCGGGACGCUUGACCAGUUCGAUCUACGCCUCAAGGACUCACAUAUUCGAUCAUUUGUGGGUCAUUUGAGUGGUCUUACAUCGUGUGAUGUGCAUUCAGAUGGUGUACAUGUUCUGACAACGGCCAAAGAUGGAAGAUCCAAGCUUUGGGAUGUUCGAAAAGCAUCUCUGCAGCGAAACGGAGAGUAUGUCUCCCGUUCAGAGUUCAACCAGUACCGCAUCAGAUCCGAUUACAGAGAAACACUUAGUUACCUUCCACCCAGUAUGGAAGAUCAUCCUCUUGAUGAAAGUGUGGUGACUUACUCCGGAGCCUUCGUUGUCAAGAGUCUAGUCCGGUCUCGUUUCAGCCCCUGUGGAGGGUACGUGGCUAGUGGUUCAGCAGAUGGAAUAGUGCGUGUUUGGAAGCUCGAUGGAACCCUAGCAACGUGCUUGAAUAGUCACCAAUCUCUGAAGACUGCUACAGACAGGUACCUUGAUCCUGCCCUGAUUGGUGCGCGUGCUUCUUUAUCUUCUCUUAUCCGUGAUGUUCAGUGGCAUCCCAAGUCCAAUGCCUUGGCAGCUUCAAUGUUCAUCAGCAGUCCCGACGAUGGGCUUGCACUUAGAGAACGCCUUGAUAAUUUACAUGGAGUAUCUGUGGGCGGGGCUUUCACUUGGCAGACCUUUCAGCCUCAGCAAUGUGGAGCAACAGUUGUGCACUCUGUGGGAACGGAUAUGGGACUGUUCCGGACCGAGAAGGACAAAAUGAGUCUGAAGCCAUACAUAUACGAGUGUCCUGAGUAUUUUAAAACGGAGGAGCGUGUCAGAGGUGACUCUGGAUAUUCUUUAUCAGAGCGGUGGUAUGAGGUACAUGGCAGCUAG